CGAAAUCAACUAUUGUCAUUCUCGUUACCUGUGGAAACUGUGGUAAAGGACGUUCCUGUAAAUCCGUCACAUAAACUUAAAGAAAUCACUCAAUCAUCAUCGCUCCUAAGAUCAUCACCUUUAACCGUUCACUAG